CAUUGACAAAACGUCGGUUUUGCUGCGUGGCAUUUUUUUCUGGCAUUUUACUAUACAAUUUGACGUGUAAAAAAAAAAUAAAAGAUACUGAAAGAAAACUAAAAUUUAGUAGCAAAUAAGUAAGACCAGAGAAAAAAUCUUAGUUAUUUUUUAAAUUCCACACUUAACACAAGUAAACGUAACAAGAAAGUGACUGGAGGAGUGUUGGCAGAAGAUUGGGAAAGAAAAAAAGAAAAAAAAAUUUUGGAAAAGAAAAAACUUUUUGCAAGAAUAAACAAAUUAAUCAAAAGAAAAUUGAUUGUGUAUAAAAGAAAUACACAUUAAACUAAAACGAAAGCUUUUAUUGCUGCUGGUUUGAGCUUACAAACUAAUUGAACAGAGUUUGGGUGAACAAAAAAGAAAAGAUGGCCAUUAAACCUGGUAUGGGACGUAAGUCGUCUUCAAAGAAUCCUCCUAUCUUAAGUCAUGAAUUUGUUAUACAAAAUCAUGCUGAUAUUAUAUCCUGUGUGGCUAUGGUAUUUGUUUUGGGUUUAAUGGAUGAAUCGACGGCACCCUUUGCUAGUGCUUUUAUCUCUUUGCAUCACAAUGUCUCGGGAGAGGAGCCUACACGUGAACAACCUUAUGGCAAACCUUAUACCUAUAUGGCUGGCAUUAAGGAUUAUUGUGCUGUUUUUUUUUACACCAUUACCUGCAUUAUUAUGCAUGCCAUUAUCCAGGAGUUUGUUUUGGAUAAAAUCUCCAAGAAACUACAUUUAUCCAAGUUUAAGCUGUCACUGUUCAAUGAAAGUGGUCAAUUGGUUACCUUCUAUGUUAUGUCUUUCCUGUGGGGUGCCAACAUCAUUCUAAAGGAGGCCUAUUUCAGUAAAUUUUCUCUUUUAUGGGAUGAUUUCCCUAAUCACCCUAUGACCUUUUUGCACAAGUUCUAUUUCAUCAUACAAUUGGCCUACUAUCUGCACAUGUUGCCGGAAUUGUAUUUCCAAAAGGUGCGUAAAGAGGAACAACAACCCAAAAUUAUUCACUCCAUUUGCGGCUUUUCGGUUAUCUGCUUGGCCUAUAGCUUUGGCUUCCAACGCAUUGCUGUUGUCCUUUUGACUCUACACUAUUUGAGUGAAAUUGUUUCGCAUAUCUUUCAAUUGAUUGGUGUUUUCGAUAAGGAUGAAAAACUAGCCAGUGCUCGCAUUUUCAAUUCAGCUGUCUUUGUUUUUGUACGUUUCACCACCAUGGUCAUAGGUGUCUUGACUUUAUAUUAUGGUGUAGUGGCUACCACUUCCAGUAAAUUACGUGGCUUUUUGGCUUUGGUCUCUUUAAUGGCCUUGCAGGGCUAUUUGAUUUUCUCGUUUAUCACCGAACAGCUAAAGGCUAAACGUGAGGCUAAACAAUUGGCCAAAUUGCAAUCGUCGACACAAAAGAAGAAAUCACCCAAGGAGAAGACAAAACGUAAACGUGAAUCCGAUUUACCAGAAGCUGAUCAAUCGCCUAACGCUCCUAUUAACCAUAAGGUUAAGGUUAAAUAAGUUUAAAGCUGUAUUUUAUAAGGAUUUAUAUAAACUACAACAACAACAAAUUUACAACAAUUUUUCUAUUGCAAAAGAAUGAAUGAGGAGUUGGUGGAGUAGAGCAGUAAUGGCAGUGUUUUUUGAAAUGUUAACAACUCCUGGGGAGUGAAAUUGUUUUUGAAAUUACUUUCAAUUACUGCAUCUCUUUUCCCUUUUCUCUUUGUUCUUUGCAAUCGAUCUUAAAAGGAAAGCACAUAAAUGAAAAGGAUAAUUGUAAGAGAAAGGAGUGGGUAUAGAUGUUUUGGCUUAAAGUGCAGCUUAAAGAGAGCGUACUAAAGUGUUUUAUUUAGACUAAUGUCUUGACUUUAGUUUAGACUUAAGUUUAGGCUAAAGUUUGACUCUAGUUUAGACUUAAGUCUAAGCUUAAGUUUGACUUUAAUUUAGACUUAAAUCUAGGCUAAAGUUUGACCUUAGUUUAGACUUAAUUCUAAGCUAAAGCUUAACUGUAGUUUAGACUUAAGUCUAAGCUAAAGUUUGACCUUAGUUUAGACUUAAGUCUAAGCUAAAGUUUGACUGUAGUUUAGACUUUAGUCUAAGCUAAAGUUUGACUGUAGUUUAGACUUUAGUCUAAGCUAAAGUUUGACCUUAGUUUAGACUUAAGUCUAAGCUUAAGUUUGACUUUAAUUUAGACUUAAAUCUAGGCUAAAGUUUGACCUUAGUUUAGACUUAAUUCUAAGCUAAAGCUUGACUGUAGUUUAGACUUAAGUCUAGGCUAAUGUCUGGACUAUAGUUUAGACUUAGGUCUAAGCUUAAGUUUGACUUUAGAUUAGACUUAAGUCUAGGCUAAAGUUUGACCUUAGUUUAGACUUAAGUCUAAGCUAAAGUUUGACUGUAGUUUAGACUUAAGUCUAGGCUAAUGUCUGGACUAUAGUUUAGACUUAAGUCCUUGACAAUUAUCCCUUUCAUUUGUGUGUUACAAACGUUUCUUACUUUUUAAAAAAGCAUUUAAAAACAUCAUCUAACAGUUAAACACAAUUUUUUUCUAGAUUUUU